AUUCAGUACAUUGCUAUUUCUACGCGCCCAACAUGUCCAAAUCAGAACUCAAAGAAGAGAAGAGUCGCAAGCGGCAAGCAGAGGACACUGCAGACGCGCCAGUAAAGUCCAAGAAAUCCAAGAAGUCUAAGGAUCUCGAGACAACCGAUGCGCCCGUAGAGGAGGUCAAGAAGGACAAGAAGGAUAAGAAGACAAAAGACUCUAAGAAGUCGAAGAAAUCCAAAGAUGUCGCAGAUACUGCAGAGGAUGUUGCUGCCGAGGCUACGUCUGCCGAAGAGAAGUCUGAGAAGAAAUCGAAAAAGUCUAAGAAGUCAAAAACCAGCGACGAUAUUACCGAAUCCACCAAAGUCGAUGACGACGUUCCCAUGACCGAUGCUACGGCCGCAACCGACGAUUCAACCCCCAAAGACGAGACUAAGAAAUCCAAGAAGGAAAAGAAAGAAAAGAAAUCCAAGAAGUCCAAGACGGAGGCGGAGGCUGAGAACGCACCUACAGAUGAGAAGACUGAAGACGUUACCAUGGAGGAUAGCACUGCCGCAGAGGUGAAGAGUGAGAAGAAGGACAAGAAGGACAAGAAGGACAAGAAGGAAAAGAAGGAAAAGAAGGAGAAGAAGGACAAGAAGGAGAAGAAGGAGAAAAAAGAGAAAAAAGAGCAGAAGGCCAAGGAGACAGCAGAGCCUGAAGUCAACGGAGACGCUGCGACAGAGGAAGCCGAGGCCGAGACUGGUGCUGAAGCAGAGACUGAACAAACAGCUGGCAAGAAGGGCCGCUUCAUCGUUUUCGUUGGCAACCUUCCCUACACCGCCACCAAGGAAUCCAUCGAAGAGCACUUUGCGAAGAUCAAGCCGACUGAGAUUCGUCUACGCACUUACAAAGGCACCAACAAAUUCAUGGGCACCUGCUUCGUCGAGUUCGAUCGAUUCGACCGCAUGGAGACAUGUCUGAAGAAAUAUCACCACUCUGUCUUUCCUGACGGUAAGAAGAAGGAAGGUCGCAAGAUCAACGUUGAGCUCAGUGCCGGUGGUGGCGGUAACAGCGAAGCACGACGCGAGAAGAUCCAGGUCAAGAACGACAAACUGCACGAUGAGCGCGCAAACGACCGUGUGAAGCGUGUUGAAAUUGAGAUGAAGCAGGCCGAUCGCGCAGCCAAGAAGGGCAACAAGAAUGCCAACGGCGAGGAGGAGGCUGCCGAGCCGGACAAUGGCGGAAUCCAUCCUGCUCGUCUUGCCAUGAUGUCUGGAGCAGAUCGUCCAGCCUACCCUACUCACAGGCAGCGAUACUAGUAUCUUUUUUGCACGGGCCUAGGGCUGCCUUCCUUCGAUUUGCUUAAUUGCAGCACGCGAUGGCUUUGCAUUGCACGCGUGUUUGGAUAGAACGGAGUGCUUCUCUUUUGUUGGUUAGGAAUUACGGCUUCUAGAUACCAUACUACCGUUAUAGGUACAAGUCAAAUAUACCACUAUGACAUCACA